AUGAACGCACUUCGAAUGCAUCAGCUACAAACCGCGAAAAAGCAUUUGAUGACAUGCACCUGGAUGUGGAAUGCAUUUGGCGUCUCUGAGCAUGUAAUACGAUCUUUGUCUGGGAUUUGUUGGCGGCCUUUACCCCUGCUUGGGGCUGCCAAGCCGAGUAUGUCUAUAUAUGUAGGUCUUUUUGCGGUCACGGUAGUGCUAGGCAUCGUGUUGAUCUUUUCCAAGGGCGUGCUGCUCAGUUCCGCGAACUUGUCGCGGCGCUCGUGCUUCGCACGGGAAGCUGAGCGUCGCCGAACGCAGUGCAGCAGCCCAAACAAGCGUGUUUUUGAGGAGCUCUGGGCAAGGAGACCUUUCGAAGAGCUGCGCAUCGGAGCUGAUCAGCCGUUGCACUUGCUGGUCGUGCUAGGAUCCGGCGGGCACACAACAGAGAUGCAUAGGCUUCUCAGUCGUGACGGCGGCUUGCUCAGCGAGCGCUGGGUCGACGCCCCCGUCUGGGUGACGUUUGUAUAUGCAAAGACUGACAAACGCACCCCUCGUUGGAUAGAGCGUUUUCAGAGUGACCUUCCUCCAGGCUUUCGCGUUCUGAACUGGGUGGCAGUGCCUCGCGCUCGUGAAGUUGGUCAGUCAUGGAUAACAAGUGUAUUCACCAGCAUCCACGCUUGUGCCAGUGCGGCGGGGUUGUUUCUUUCCAGCCACUCACUGGCAACGAACGAUCGCAUGCGAGCACCAGCACCUAAUGUCGUACUAUGCAACGGACCAGGAACCUGUGUGCCUUUUUGUCUGAUAGCAUUUAUCGUUCGAAUCUGGAACUCGUUGACGAGAACCAGACCUGCUAGCGCGUAUCCAAGAAUUAUUUUCAUCGAGACAGUCGCGCGUGUUUACAGCUUGUCUCUCACCGGGAAGAUCUUGUACAGAUUUGCAGAUCGUUUUCUUGUGCAGUGGCCAGAGCUCGCCAGGCGUUACGUUUACGCUGAAUAUUACGGACGUCUGGUGUAA